AGUAAAUGAUGUCAUUAACUCAACCCUAUUGUUCAUUUCACUUUUAACCCAAAAUAUCUCAACAGCGAGUGGCUCCCUGGCUAAAAUUUUCACUAAUCAGAUUUCCAUAAUUAUAAUUGAGUCCAUAACAAGCCGCAAGCCCAAUUUUAUUGCGAACAUUGGGAUCCCUAUGUUACCAUGGUAAUAACCACAGAAUGACAGACGAGUUAAUUUGAUCAACGCCUUGAGCUACUAGGGCUGCGAGAGCGAAGUGUCGUCGUGGUGCUAAGGUAAUCAGGAAAGUGUUGUCGUGUUGACAUAAAAUUUUGGAGAUGACGAAGCUCAAAAUAUAUUGGAUUAAGCCUUAUUCGGCGAUCACGAGUCUUUACGCGGUAAACUCAAAAUUUAUGAUCACUGAAGUACUCGGCAAAGGAGGAUGUAGUUUUGGUCUUCCACUGAUUAUGCCUUCCGUACAUACAGUCCAAGUGUUUUCUCAGGAUCUUGAUCCUAACAGGAACUGGUACGCUCUGUCGACUGAUCUAUGCUGUGCUCCGCCGAACAAGUUUUGUCAAACAGACGUGUUCAAGCUGUUUCCCGACGAAGUUUCUUCAUGUCUCCUAAGAAACUUAAGAGACAAAGAUGGCGGACUGAUCUCCGCGAAGCUUUUCAACUCUGGGGUCAAAGCUGUAGCAGAAAAAGUUUAUGUUGGAACAUAUUUCGCUUUGAUCGCUGGGAACUUGCGUCGAAGGAGUCUCAACGAGUCGAAUUUCCUUAAAUCAGAGGAAUUCUUGGCGGUUAAAAAGACAAUUAACCAGGCAAGUUUUAUCCCGCCAAAAAGUCAUUCGCCAUCGAUUCCAAGCCCCAAACCGUGUUCUAGCACUCCGAUCAAAGGCUGCAGCUCAGAUGACUCGCUACCUAUGCCUGAGUCACCAAGUAAUUCCUCAGAGUCAUUUACGAAUGGGUCAUUCGCAAAAGAUGAAAAAAGCGCGCCAAAAUUAUCCCCGUUAUUGUGGUCUUCGAGUUCUUCGUCGUCCUCUUCUAAUUCGGUCAUUUCUUUCCAAGAAAUAGAAGAGCACGAUUACGAGCCUCAAUACAAAAAAAGAAAGAUAAGGGACAAGUGUACCAACAUCAUUAAAGAAAUCUAUAAGAUUUGUCACGAGAAUGGAGAAGAGUUAAACAGUGUUUUGGCUAGAUGCUGCGUUUUUGCGCGGGGAAAACUGCCUGGUGAGAGCAGGAAAGUCAUUCGUGACGUGAUUUUGGAAGUUGAGGAGACUUUAGGACUAGAGAAAACCCUAGAGGAAAUUCUCCCAACAGAAAUUUUGGAAAAACAAGUCAAGAAUAUGAGUGUCCCGGACUGGCAGCUUCUAUUGCUGAAAUUGCAAGUACCUAUAUCAGAUGAGGGCUGGCAAACUCUACUGAAUGUUACUGAAUUGGGAAAAAAUGGGAGGUCAUCAAGGGCCCAAGUGCUAUUGUCUAAAAAUAGCAUUAAGGCUAUUAAAAGUCUGGUAUUUAGUAAAAUUGAAGACCUUUUCUUGGUCGAGCCAACUGGAGAUGAGGAUAUCCCAGGAUACCAAGUAGCACUUGAGCCUGUUGUUUGCUGGCAAGCAAGGGAACUGCGGCUACAUGGUCACCAGAGCCAGCAUAUUCAGUUGAAUUUGAAGCUGGAUGGCAGGCCAUUUGGUGGGAGAAAUCAAGUGUUAGUUGGUGUUAUACCUGCAAGUACUGUCCAUUGGUCCAAUCACAGUUCCAAAUCAKUUUUCCCACUUGCAAUAGCUAAUUGUAAAGAAGAGAGAAAAACACUGAGAAGUCUUAUUGCUAAACUGAAUAACGAAAAAGAUGCCAUUAAAAAAAAUGGAAUCACAGUGGAUGGCAAAGUUUAUAAUGUUUCGUUCARAGUGACUCUAGACUUGAAAGCAUUAUAUCUUCUCUUAGUAAAAGAUGAUGACGAAGACUUUAAGCUUGGAGGGAAAGGGCUGGAUGUGGAGUUUUGCUUCAUUUGUCAGGCAAUKAGAAAUUGUAACUGUGAUCUGGGUCCCAAUACUGUAUGUUUACAACAUUUUAGUGAAACAAAGGCCAAUAUUGGAAGUGCUAGCUUCAGGGGUAUCAGGGAUGAUCUGAYCUUCUUGUUGGAAGAGGAAUUAAGUUCAAUCAAUCUGUGUGUCCUUCAUUGUGAGUUAAGGAAUACAGAACAUCUCAUUGCAUCCCUUGGGCUUCAGUGCUACAGAAUAGGCACACUGAAGCAAUGUAACAAGGCCUUGUCCAAUUUUGGACCAGAAACAACUGGAGACAGAAUCACUCUUAAGUUAAAGGAAGGACAACAAACUGCCGUCACAAAGCAGAAUAUCACAGUCAAAUCAUUUUCAGGAAACACUGAAAGACGUAUCCUUGACAACAUAGAGGAARUUUUGGAAGAUUGCUUGCCCCAGGAUGCCAUCAAAAGACAGUUUGACAACCCAAUAGUUGCAAAAGAAUUUUUGUUCAACAAAAUAUCCUUUUGUAGUCAGCAGGUAAAGUAUUACACAGGCUUAAAGACUAAAGACACUUUUGUGAGGGACUUUGGUAAAUACCAAGAAGAGAUAGCACUAUCUACUUCAGAUGCUGGGAAGAAGGUGGAAGAGUACCUGUGCAUGUGGAAAGAAAAGGAAAAGGAUAUUUCUGAGAAAUUGYCCAAACUGAUGUCUGUAUCAAGAAGAAAAAAAAGUGUURGUAGCAUAAAAUAYGUCAAUCAGCUGAAUGAUUAUGCAGCACAGAUUUUUCUGGAGUUAUUCCUCAAGGUUUUCACUGGUUGGAGAGAAAUUGCAAAAGUCAUGAGAAAAGAGGUUUAUGGAAAGGAUAAGCAGGAUUCUAUUGAUGUGUAUGAUUUACAGUGCAAGGAAUGGGGUUUUCUGCUGCGAGAGAUGUUUGGGUCAUCACUAGGGACUGGGGACUAUGCCCAUAUGACCAUAGAGCAUUCAAGCAUGCUGUUGAGGCAGUUUGGUAGCUUGAGAGAGUACUCCCAGCAGUCCAUUGAGUCAGCACAUUCAUUGCAGAGACAACUUUAUGCAAAGGCAACUUCUCACGAUAGGCAUGGCUACACUUCUUCAAUUAAGCAGAUCAUUCUUCACUUUUACUCUGAGCGACUUCUUUUCUUGAGAUUAUGCUUUAGAAAAGCUUUGGAAUGUAAUUUGAAAGGUAUGAAUGAUAUUGCUCUUACAUGUAUGUAAUUGAUAUUGUAUGAUUUGAGACAGAAGCCCUAUUGUAUUAGUUUCUGUUAUCACUAGCCCGAUACAAUUCAAUUUACCUCUCAUUGUAAAGUAAACUUGUAA